AUGGCAAAUCCUUCUAAACCUACUGAUGGACACAACAGUUCAAACGAAUUAUUGAACCAGUCAACAAAUCGAAUUGCAUUAGCUCUAGCCAACAGUUUACAAGUCAUCAGUCCCCAACUCACUCAAAGCAGUUACCGCUUUUGGAGUUCUCAGGUAUUAUCCACCGUUGGUUCACACAAACUUGAGGCCCAAUUUUUACUGCAGAAAUACGAAAUAAGACUUGAAAAAUUCAAUACAAUAGAUUUGUACAACUGUUCAGUGCAUAUAGCCUCUACUGGUACUUUAAAUAGCUCACAUGGUUCCAUUAGCGACAUAAAUCAUGUUUCCAAACCUGAGUUAGAAAGCUCUCAAUCUGACAAAGUGUCUGGUUCACUUUAUCCUACUCCACCUACUUUAAUGUCACUAGCAGCAGUUAAUGGCUUUGGUGUCCUUAGCCAACAUGUGCCUUUUAAACCCCCGCGUAAGCGUUACGAUGCUAUAAGGGUCAUGAAGGAGCUGAAUUCCUCCUCCACUCAGCCUUUACUUGUCCCUCAUUUGUUGUUUGCCACUGCACUAUCCUCUAAUGUAGCUUCUGCCAAUGCUUCUGCUCUUGCUUCACAAGAUCUCCAAUAUAAGUCAAUACGUUGUAGAAAUCCCUUUGUUUCAGUUGAGUUUGGUACUUCUUUCGUUUCAGCUAAACCUGAUGUUCAAGGUCACUCUGAUGCUUCUUUCAUCAUUCUUGUUACUUACAUUAAGUUUGAUGCUACUAAUCAGUAUGUGUCCAGCAAAAAUAAUGAUGAUGUAGUCCAUAAUCCUACUACUGAUCAAUGUAGUUCAUCUCCAAAUAAUAAAACUUAUAUUUCUGAUAAUUGUACUGCUCAAACACAUAAUUCUGGUUCACAUUCUGUUCCUGCUAACAUCAAUGCUUGCAUAUACUCUGCUGAAAAUUGUAUUGCUCAAACACAUAAUUCUGGUUCACAUUUUAUUCCUGCUAACAUCAAUGCUUGCAUAUACAUUGCUGAAAAUUGCAUUGCUCACACAUAUACCAUUGCUCCACAUUGUUUGACGUCUUCAGUAGCCACUGAUCCUUUUGUAGUAAACAUCACUCCUGACAACCAUGUUUCAGAUGAUAUAGUAAUUGGUAAGAAUUCUUCUCCUCUUAACUCUUCUUCCUUUAAUCCAAAUACAUAUUCUCCAUUACUAUCUGCCUCCACUAAUUGUAAUAGUCCAUCCUCACCUAAUGUUACAUCGUUGCCUACAAUUAAUACUUCUCUUGAUCAUUGUUCCUUACCCUGUAACAAACCUGGUUCUUCUGAAAACACUACUGCCACUAACCCAAUAAUAGAAGCUAUUAUCCCUACAAGGUCUACAGAUUGCUUUCUCCCACCAUGUCCGCUUGUGGUUGAUCUUACUUCCUCACAGUUUUCUAUUGCUUUAGUUAGUCCAAGUCUGGUAUUUGAAGCUCUUAAAAGUACCAAGUGGAAGGCUGCUAUGCAGUCUGAAUUUUAUACACUUGUCCACAACAAUACCUGGACUCUUGUUCCGUCUUCCUCUAAUAUAAAUAUAGUAGGAAACAAAUGGGUUUUUCGCACCAAACUCAAUGCUAAUGGAACACUACAGAAAUAUAAGGCCAGGCUAGUUAAUAAGGGGUUUCAACAGACCCCUAGUCUUGAUUACUUCAAAACCUUCAGCCCAGUAAUCAAAUCAGCCACUAUACGAAUUGUUUUGACUCUAGCAGUAACUAAUGGAUGGGAUGUGCAACAAAUUGAUGUUAAUAAUGCAUGUCUUAAUGGAGUGCUAACUGAAACUGUCUACAUGAAGUAG